AUGGCUGAAUCAGAAGCCAUGAACGAAAAACGCAGCGCUGACUACGGUGGUUCCACUUCUAGUAGUUCUAUGAGUUCUAUGAGUUCUAUGAGUAAUUCUACUAGCGCCGGUAUCUCCACUCUUUAUUCAUUGAACGCUGUCCAGAUGGGUGGUAUAAUUGCUGGUGGUAUAGCUGUGUUGGGUGGUUUAUUUG